CGGAAAUGUACGAUGUGCUCCCAAAGCAGAUAUACAACACCGAAUUGGGUUCCCUGGCAUCCAGCCAUCUCAAACAUUCCUGUUCAUCGAUGGAGGCCGGGGACAAGGAAGGGUUCGGAAUCUGAUUCCAAUCCGUUGCAAGCCUCGUGGAGUUUGAGGGCGUGAAGCACAGACACGACGAACGCCCCUGUUCCGUUGAAGAAGAGCCUCGGGAUGCAGAGUCUCCCGGCAGUCUCUGUAGCCCAGGUGAAGACGACGUCGGCGACGAUGCAAUCCGGCCGCCAAUUUCGGAGCAGAUCCUCGACGGGGCGCUGGAAGACGGCCAUGGCCUUGAAGAACGGGAUCAUGAGGUCCGGGGACCUGAUGGCGCUGACGUUCUCGCAACCUUCCGGCAGCCCUGCCUCGACGCAGGGGAAUUCGAUGAUGUGGGUUUCGAUUGGGAGACCCAAUUGGGCGUCGCGGCGGAUCUUGCCGGAGAAGAGAGGGGCGUUGAGGGGAGUGGUGAUGAUCGUUGACUUGACGCCGCGGCGGGCGAAGAGCCUGGCCAUGUCUGUGAUUGGGAUCAUGUGGCCUUGAGCCAUGAAAGGGAGGAAGACGACGUGGAGCGGAGGUGGAUCCAUUGAAUUUGGAGAGCUGGAGAAAGGGAAGUGAAGAACUUGAGUGAAGUGAAAUUAAUCUGUGG